AUGAUCGGCGGCGCUUGGUGCUGCGGGAAAGUGGAAUUUUUUCUCGAUUUAGGCUUUCCUUCUCCAAACCGGUCAAGCCCUGCUGCCGGGGUUAUGGUAAUAUGGCUCUUCGACGAGCUCAUGAAUUGUGAACUGGGCACGAGUGGAGACGGAUAUGCCUUGCGAGCCUGGCCUAAGUCUCUGGCCCCCAGUCUCCAAGCAAACACCUGCCUAGCUCUGCCGCAUCUGAACCCAUUGCCUAUUGGAUUUCGAACUUGCGUGUGGCGUCUUGUCCUUUUCUACAGAAAUAAAUCUUCGCCAGGACAUAGUGGAGGUAGAGGAAGGGGCCAUGGCCCAUAUCUCAACAUCACAGUGACAGUGUGCUAA